AUGCAGGAGAUGAAGAGCUGCUUAAAAGAAUUCGUGGAAACCGUUGCACAAUGCAUGUCAAAGACAGUAAAUCUGGAAACUCGGGUACUAGAAGCAGAAGCUAAGGUGUCGGCGUUGGAAAAAGAAAAUUCUAGUAUACCAGGUCUCAAACUUCACAUAGCUUCGCUGGAACAACAAGUAAACAAUCACCAGAGUUAUUUUUUGCGAAACGAAGUUGAAAUAAUUGGCUUGAAUGAACACAGGAACGAAAAUCUUCUCCACAUAACAAAUAUUAUUGCCCAACGCGUCGGCUUCGAACUAAAACCGGAAGAUAUAGACUGGGUUACAAGAGUGGGCUCGCUACGGAGCUCUGGUAUCGAACAACGACCCCGUCCCGUGGUUUUGCGCUUUACCAGACAGGUGGUUCGCGAUGACUUUUUACGCCACACCAAAACUAGACGCAAUACUACAACCACUGAUAUUGAACUCGAAGGCCCCUCACGUAUAUUAUACUUCAAUGAACACCUAUCGAAGCUUAACAGGCAGUUAUUUCGUGAAGCGCGUCUCUUAUCAAAAGAAAAGGGCUUUAAAUAUUGUUGGAUUAAAAAUGGCAAAAUCAAGAUACGCCAGGAUGAUGGCAAACCAGUUCGCACAAUAUCUUCAAGUAAUGACUUAUGCCUUCUUAGUAGAAUCAAUUCUAAUGCGCCUGACAUUGUAUAA